AUGUCUCCCCGUAGAGCUAACGCCAGGAAUGUGAAUGCUAGGAAUGCAAACGCAGCUCCUCCAGUCCCAGAUCAAGAAGUCUCGAAUGCAGAGUUCAGGAACACCAUCCAAAUGUUGGCUCAGAGUGUGGCCAACCAGAUUAAUCAGCGGGCUCUAGUUCUAGUAAAUGCUAAUGUUGGGUCAGCUGCAGCCAGAGAUCAGGAAGAUUCUCCUGAUGUAGUCACUGAUCUAGGGGUUACUCUUUCCUUUGUUACUCCUUAUAUAGCAGUUAAGGUUGAUGUUAGUCCAAAAAUUCUCUCAGAGCCUUUCUCAGUCUAUUCUCCAGUCAGUGACCCAGUUAUAGCUAGACGGACUUUACCCAAGAAAUGGGUCAACAAAAAGGAAAGAUCGGAACAUGGGAAUAAAUCUGAUACCAAUAUGGAUUACCUAUUUCAAUUGUUGUGCUUUAUGAAAUUACAUACCUAUACAAGGGUUCAAGUUUCGGUCGAUAUUUGUGGAGUUGAUUAUCCCUCUCGGAAACAAAGAUUUGAAGUGGAUAAUUUACUGAGUAUUUGGUAUAACUCAUGCAUUCGUGUACAAACCAGUGUAGACAAAGUAACACGAAUAUCUCCGGUAGUCAGUCUAUUUCCAUCAGCCGGCCGAUGGGAGCGAGAAGUUUGGGACAUGUUUGGUGUUUCUUCCAUCAAUCAUCCGGAUCUAUGCCGUAUAUCAACAAAUUAUGGCUUCGAGGGUCAUCCAUUACGAAAAGACCUUUUUUUGAGUGGAUAUGUCGAAGUACACUAUGAUGAUCCAGAGAAACGUGUUGUUUCUGUACCCAUUGAGAUCCCACAAGAAUUUUGCUAUUUCAAUUUUGCUAGACCUUGGGAACAACGUAGUGAUGGAUAA